CCUCAAGCCACUGGUGUGUAUUUGUGGUGGAGGAGGGUGUGUAGUUGCAAGAGGGGAAGUCCAACUACAACAUUACAGACACUGGGACCUGUACUGCUGGGCCUGGGAAAUGAAUGAAGUGAUAACACAUGCUACAUAUGUAAUAUUUAGGCUGGCCGGUUUGUGGAAUAAAAACUAGAAAGGUUUCUUUCAAGGCCCAGAAGAAGUGAGGGGGAUAUUGAAAGAACAGUAACGUGAACAGUGAAAACAGCACAGGAUCAUGGGAUGUGGCAUGGGAAAGUCUGAACUACGGCUGAAAAAAUGUGAAAAAGACUCCAUCUCAGUUCCAGCUGCCACUGCGAUCAGUGCGGCUCUUUUGAUCCAGCGCUGGUACCGUCAGCAUGUUGCACGGCUGGAGAUGAGACGCAGGUGCACGUGGAACAUCUUCCAGUCUAUUGAAUAUGCAGGAGAGCAAGACCAGAUCAAGCUUUACAAUUUCUUUGGCUUCUUGAUGGAACACUUCACCCCAGCCAGCAGUGAAAGAAACCUUAUAUCCCACAUAUUUCGUAAGGAUGAAAUCUGUCGUGACACAGAGUGGGAGAGAUAUUUUUGCUACAAGAGCAUUGAGGUGACAAAAACCUACUCAGGCCCCCAUCUCACGUUCCCCAUGACAUUCUGUGGAGUGUCGAAGCUGAUGGAGGCCUUAAAGCACAAACAACAGCUUCAUGCUCGAUAUGUUCUGCAGCUUCUUGGAGAAACUUGGAGACUUCUGAGAACUUUUCCAAACAUCAGUCAAGUCAUCGCCUGCCACACAAAGCAGAUUACCAUAUGCGGGGAUUUACACGGGCACCUUGAAGACCUGCUGUUAAUAUUCUACAAGAAUGGUUUGCCAUCCUCUGAUAAACCAUAUGUUUUUAAUGGAGACUUUGUGGAUCGUGGUAAAAGCUCUUUAGAGAUCCUUCUCAUCCUAUUUGGCUUCCUGCUGGUCUAUCCCAAUGACGUCCAUCUGAACAGAGGGAACCAUGAAGACCACAUUGUUAAUUUGAGAUAUGGUUUCACUAAAGAAGUUUUGGGAAAAUACAGGGUGCAUGGCAAGAAGAUCCUAAAGCUUCUCCAGAUGAUUUUCAGCUGGCUGCCUUUGGCCACAGUGAUUGAUAACAAAGUGCUGAUUGUGCACGGUGGGAUCUCUGACACCACAGACCUCGACAAGAUAGCCAGAGUGGACAGACACAAAUAUGUAUCAGCUCUCAGGCCUCCUAAAAUGAAUGGCCAUGGCUGUCCGGUGGAAGACCGGCGUCGAGUGUGUUCUUUGACUUACCACAGCUCGGCCCCGGCUCACAGGCACGACCUCCCACGCCACUCGCUCCAGAACACCCCUGUUUACAGUAAGUCGGACUUCCCGGUGGAUGACGAGCUGAAUAGGAAGUGCAGGCUGGCUGGGUUUGAUCAGCCCUGCUGUGAACUGAAGAAGUCUGACUCAUACCUGGAGUCUAAAAUGACAGAGACAGAUGUGAAUGAGUGGAAACAAAUAGUGGCCGUGUUGUGGAGUGACCCAAUGCCCCAAAAUGGAUGCAUUCCCAAUGAGGUGCGAGGCGGAGGCUGCUACUGGGGGCCAGAUGUCACUGAGGAGGUGCUGCGAAGAAACAACCUCCAGCUUCUCAUCCGCUCCCAUGAAUGCAAACAGGACGGCUACGAGUUCUGCCACAACCGCAGGGUGAUUACUAUAUUUUCAGCAUCUAAUUACUACGAGGUGGGCAGCAACAGAGGCGCCUUCAUCAGAAUGGGACCAGACCUGGUCCCCCACUUCAUUCAAUAUCAGGCCAGCACCACAUGCAGAGAGCUCACCCUGAGACAAAGUGUUGGGUGGACAGAGAGAUCCGCUCUGCGAGCUCUGAGGGAACAACUGUUCUUACAUAGGUCUGAUCUCAUCAGUGCCUUCCAGAAGUUUGAUCCUAACAACAAAGGGACGAUCUCUCUGACGCACUGGGCUAGCAGCACAGAGAGAGUCCUGAAUCUGGGUCUGCCCUGGAGGGUGCUGCGCCCUCAACUCGUCAGUAGCACCCAGCAUGGCAUGAUGGACUACCAGCAGUGGAUCAAGGAGCUUUCAAUCACAGAACCCAAAUUAGAGAUCUCAGAUAACAGUAUCCUGGAUACGAUGUACAAGAACCACUCCAACCUGGAAACCAUCUUCCGGAUCAUAGACACAGAUCACUCAGGUUUAAUCUCUUUGAAGGAGUUUCAUCAGACCUGGGAACUCCUGAGCUCCCACCUGAAGACAGAGAUUAGUGCCAAGGCCAUUGAAGACCUUGCCCAGAGUAUCGACUUCAACAAGGACGGGAACAUCGACAUCAACGAGUUCCUGGAGGCUUUCAGGCUGGUGGAUAUCUCUGCACAUACCUGAGUCUGGACCUGGACCAGGUGCUGUAGCGGCUGCAUAGAGAACACCCAGAACUGAUUUGGAAGACCUAUGAAAAUUCAAAUGUUGAGUAAAAUCUCAUCCAUUCGACUUCAAUGGAUCAACCUACAUCUUUUCUAUGUCUUAGAAGUAAUUUUUUGUAACCUUUUUUAUUUUAUUUAAUCUCACAAAUUGGUGUAGCCUUAGCAUUUAUGUGUUUUGCUCGUGGAUCAAGCGGUAAAGGAAGUUAUGAAUUAAAGAAACCCACCCAUUUUACACGUUAAAGUCUGUUUACAGGAGUUAUGGAGUGCUACGGGUUUUAUCAAAUAGGUUGCAUUAAAGCCAAGUCUUUGCAAUGUCUAAUAAAUGUCCUUAAGUGAUUUCACUUAGGUCAGCUCGAGUUGGACCAGUGUAAUAUCUGCGACUCUACUGCAUGAGGGGAUAUAACCUUUGGAUAUCUGGUUAAUCAGUUCAACUGUCAAUCAGUUCGAAUGAAGGACGUUAAUCCUAUCAA